CUGAGGACGAUUUCGCUCUGUUUUUCACAGAAACACAUCGAGGACGAUUACAAUACCCAAAUAAACUGCAGAAGGUGCUGACAGAUUCACCGAAAAUCAGUAAAUCUUCUUCUGAUAAAGAGGAGAUGCUAACAGGGCAAAAAUUAAUUCUUCGUAAAACCUGAAGAAGGUGACACUCACCGACGAUCCGCCACUUCUUAAUCAGACAUCUAUUUAAUCAUUUUUUCCGUCUUUUCAACUUUCAACCUUCCGAUUUCUUUGUCGCCCUCGCAAGCGUUUAAAUUCUCUGGCCCCGUUACGCUACUUACUAAGCAAGAGAAAGCAUCGAGAAACCUACUCAUGAUCCCGACCCAAUAUAGGCUAAAGUAAAACUCGAAUCCUACACCAUGGAUCGCAACAAUCGGCAGUUCUACAACCGUCAACAUUUUCAUCAAGCCAGUGAGCACGAAAAUUGCAGAUCUCACAAUCCACACGAUCCUCGUCGAGCUGCCUGUUCUCGGUGUUCAGCUCAUGUCACGCAAAAUGAACGCGUGAGGCGAUUCACGCGCGAAAAACGCGACCAACGGCAACGAGCGUUGCACCAGCAACACGAGCAAGCGCAGUCUCUGCGCGACCGAUCCGCGAUCGCAGCCCGGGCAACUCGCUCAAUUCCCAUCUUACUCCGGGUCACGGCAGACGAAAGUGAAGAGAGUUCAACUCUAGAUUCAAGCUCCACGAGUCGAAGCAGUUCUUCAAUGAGCGACGUUCUUUCAAAGCGUUCCAAGAGGAAACGAAGAUCGGCUCACAAGUCGAGGAGCGGGAUUCGCGGGCGACUCGAUGUUCAUAAAGUUGUUCGACAGUAUCCCGUCGGGGCUCAAUUUCACGGCUUCACGGUGCAGCGGAGCGAGCUGGUGACCGAGUUGGAUUUGGCUGCAAUUUUGCUGAAACACGACGACACCGGGUGCAAAUAUUUGCAUUUGGCGCGAAACGACACAGACAAUGUUUUCGCCACCUUGUUCAGAACUAUUCCAGAGGAUUCCACAGGGGCUCCGCACAUUCUCGAGCAUUACGUGCUCAACGGGAGCGAAAAGUACCCCAUCCGAGACGCCCUCCUCAAAAUGAUGACCAGAAGCGUCUAUUCCUUCAUGAACGCUUUCACAGCCGAUGAUUUCACGCUCUACCCGUUCUCCACGACGAACGCGAAAGAUUUCAAAAAUUUGCAAAGCGUUUACCUCGACGGCAUCUUCCGUCCCCUGCUCAAAGAACUCGACUUCAUGCAAGAAGGCUGGCGGCUAGAGCCUCUUAAACCAGACGACCCCAGCAACUCCGAAUACGUGUUGAAAGGGAUCGUGCUGAACGAGAUGAAAGGCGUGUAUUCGGAUUCUUUCGGAGUUAUGCGGCGGAAAACGAAAAUGGCGCUGUAUCCUUCGGGACCUUACGGACACGAGGCCGGAGGGGAUCCCCUGAAAAUUCCAGAUCUGUCUUGGGAGGGUACCAAAUCGUUCUACAAGCGGAACUAUCAUCCCAGCAAUGCAAAACUGUUUUCCUACGGAGACAUGCCGUUGAAAGAUCACCUCGAGUUCAUGAAGCACUAUUUGAACAAGUUUCAGAACAAAAAAGUACCAGCUCCGAGGACCAUCACGGAGGAACCUCGUUGGACAGAACCCCGCGAACUCACCGUCUAUUAUCAGGAAAACCCUCAGUCGAAGGAGGGAAAUAAAGCUGCUGUGGCAGUCACCUAUGCUCUGACGCCGAUCAAGAAUGAUUUUGAAAACUUUAGCUUGAAAAUCCUGUCAGAAUUGUUGGUUGCAGGACCAAAUGCACCGUUUUACAAAUGCCUCCAGGAAAGUCAUCUGGGCACCGGAAUGCUUUCCUUUUCAGGAUACGAGGGCUUGGGAAAUGAGCCUUACUUCCUCAUUGGUUUGCAAGGGGUGGAAGCAAACCAGAAGGACGACGUCGUGAGAAUGGUGGAAAAAACUUUCGCGCGAGUGGCCAAAGAAGGUAUUCCAAAAGAGCGAUUGGAAGUUGCACUGCACAGCAUCGAGUUGUCACUCAAGCAUCAGCAGCCACACUUUGGCCUCGUUUUACUAUCCGCCAUCCUGGAUCACUGGAACCACGACAAUGACCCUAUAAUGAAUCUCAAGAUCAACAAAUACGUUGACCGAUUCCGGGACACUAUCGAAUCGGACGACCAAUUCCUCAGCAACCUGAUACAAAAAUAUUUCCUGGACAAUAAACAUAGGUUAACUACGAUCCUGCUUCCGAAGGCAGAUGUGAAGAACGAGCGGGAACGCGCUGAAGCUGAACUCGUUAAACAAAAACUCGCUAAAAUGAGUGCAACGGAUAAACAGGAAAUAUCAAUAAAAUGCAAGGAAUUGCAAAAGCUCAACGAGCAAGUGCAGGACAAAUCAAAGCUUCCGAUUCUCAAACUAGAAGAUGUCGAGGUCGCACAGCCUCCUUGCGACUUGGUCCUCGCCAUUGCAGCUGGGGUUCCUUUCCAACUCUGCGCCCUACCAACAAAUGGAGUGACUUACUUCCGCGCCAUUAUCCACACCGGAGGCGUUCCGGAAAAGAACAAAAAAUACGUGGCUCUUUUUGCGGACGUUUUGACGGAAAUGGGAGUCGAAGGUUUGGACUACAAGGAAUUGAAUCACGAGAAAAUCAUUUUUUUGUAUCUUCCAUUUUUUCAGGUUAUGUUACGGACAGGUGGUUUGCAAUCUACGAGUAUUGUCCACUCAAACCCUCUAUUUCCGGAUUUGGCAGAACAAACCCUACUGUUGGGCAGCUUCUGCCUGAACCGCAACACGCAACAAAUGUUCGAAAUCUGGAGGAGCAUUUUCACUAGCUUCAAGCCAACGACAGACCGACUCAAAAACUUGGUCAAACAGGAACUCGCAUCCUUCGAAAACAGUUUCAUUAGCGGAGCGCACACUUUAGCACUCAUCACGGCAGCAAAAUCCAUGUCCGCCUCGGCCGCCCUCAACGAAGAAAUCAUGGGACUACCGUAUUUGAAAUUUCUCCGGGAGAUCAACUCGAGUGAAGAGAAUCUCCAGCGGGCGGCAGAAACUUUAAAGGAUAUUUGUGAAAAGGUCCUCGAUCCGAGAUCAAUGACCUGCGCGAUCAACACGAGUCAAGAUUUUAUGAAUGAUGCGCUGAAGCUCGCGGAGAGAUUUGUUGGAGGGAUCCCUGCUCCUUUAGGAAGAAGUGGUCCCGGCACGGAUAUAAUUUCGUUACUCGGAAGAUUAAUGGAGAAGAAAGCGGCUACUGAUGGAAAACGUGGUUCGCAAGUUAAAGUCGAAGCGACGUGCAGAAAAACAAAUAUCGUCAUGCACACUCCAGUAUACUGGUCUGCAAUGGCAGUCAAGGGAGUCGAUUUCAUGGACAAAGAUUUCUCGUCUCUCGAGCUUCUCGCUCAGAUUGUUGAAUGGAAGUUCCUCAUGCGGGAAUUCCGCGAAAAGCGGGGCGCUUACGGAGCUGGUGCCCGAGUUCUUCCCAUCUGGAGAAUCUUCGCUUUCUUCUCAUUCCGCGAUCCAACAGGGAAAGCUGCGUUCGACAUAUACGACAAAGCUAUCGAGUGGGCUUUGAGUCCGGACUCCUUCAAUGACGACGACGUGCACGAAGCAAAAUUAUCCGUUUUCCAGGCCGAGAACGCGCCUCAACCACCCGGAGCUCGAGGAAUGGUUCGAUUUAUUCGAGGCAUCAAUGACGAUGUCAGAACAACACACAAGCAACAACUGCUUGAUUUGACGAAGGAAGACAUCCAACGGGCAGGAAGAAAAUACUUGAAAGAUCGGAAACAAACCGGCAUUUGCCUCAUGGGUCCAGAAGUGGACAACAAAGACGGAGACUGGGACAUCAUACAUCUCGACUAAACCAUUUUCUACUUGCACUGAACACUUUACUCAACGCCCUACUUGUGUGAUUUCUAAUUAUCAAUUCCUCGUGCAGUUUUCUAUACUUCGUCGUGAAAAUUUUGGAUUUCGAAUAUAUUUUUACUCGGUGACUAAGGGCACAGCGAA